AUGCCUUCUCUCCUGAUUGCUUCUUACCUUUCCCAACUGAUUCUAGUGGGAGAGACAAUGAAGAAGACAGAUACAAUGAGAACGAACGCAAAUCUUGGCAUGUGGAAUGCAGGGCAUGCAGUAGCUGUCAGAAACAGCCAACAUAUGACAAGCCAAAACUCUAGCUAUGGGCACCACCAGGAAGCCUGUUUUGCUACCGUAAAGCGUUCAAGAACAGACGAAGCUACCAUUGUAGUUGCACCCGACCAUAAGGAGUAUAACACCCGCCUCUUGCUUCAAAACACAGAAUUUUCUGCUCCUCGAUCGGUCAUUGGUCCAUCAUUCCCAACUUUUCCUAAUAUUUUACAACCGGAUACAACAGCAACCAUCCCACAAAAUGCAUCAGCACCAAUUAGUGCUCUACAAAUGGCCGAGCAUUUUAUCAAAAUUAUGUCUGCAGCCUGUGGUUUGGAGUAUAACAUUGAGGAGGAAAAUAAGCCUACAAAACCGAAAAGAAAGCGACCAGCGAGAAAAAGGCAUACAGCUCCAACAGAGGAAGAUGCAAAAUCGGCUAUUCUUCCAAUCUGUGACAUUACACCUUUCGCUGACAGUUUCACUCCUACAGCCCAACUUCAAACAGAGAAACCAAAACGAAAGCAAAUAUCGAAAAAAAAAGCUGCAGCGUCUCCAGCUCUAGUGGAAACUCUUCUUCUUUCAUCGGAAGUUUCGAUAGGGCCAUUUUCCCUUGCUCUACUGGAUUAUGGCCCACAAAUCGUUGCUCUAGAAGUCGAGGUUGAAACAUCAGAAGGGUCACCAGAUAAAGCUUAUCUUCCAACGAACCAAACUACUGAUGUUCCGCAUGCCAAUAACCAAAAUGUGGCUUUUGUUGAUAAUCAAGACCAGGCUGACCAAGACAUGAUCCACAACCAUGAUGGUGGCUCAGUCCAAGUCAAUUCUAAUUCAGAGUUCUACGAUGAAGAUUUUGAGAUCGCUCGAAUCAUGGUCGAAUCCCUUCCUUUUGCGGAAGCUUAUAAGCGUCCUAUGAUUCCGACCAGGGAGUCAACUCCAGAAUCCCCUUCACCUGACUCACCAAGAUCUUUUUCGAUAAUCAAACCACCAGCUGGAUCCUCCAUUGAUUCGUCGUCAAAAAACUCAACACCAGAGCCCACCAACUCACCGGAGACAGCACAACCUACAAACUCAACGCAUCUUCCUUUUUUUCGCGAAAGUAAAUCGAGCAGAUUGAUGCCGGCGCCGUGUCAAGUGUGUCGUAAAAAUAUCAAAUAUGCAUCGGACAGAAGAAGACACAUACUCUUUCAUAUGCGCUUGAAACCGACCCGAGAAGAAGAGAAAACAGUCAAACGGAACAUGAAGGAAUAUUUCAUCGAUGAAGUACCAGAAAAGCCAGAAGGUGGUUUCGUUGACGCUCCUGAAGAAGUCGAGGAGCCAGCCGAGCUUCCAGAUUACGUAGAUCAAAAUCGUUGGUAUGCGGAAGAGUUCAUGAAAGAUAACACAGAGGAGAGAGAAGAUGAUGAUAAUACCACGGAGAAAACGUCUUCACCAGAGGUAUCCGAUGAAGAGGCAGAUGUUGAGAAAGAAACAGACAAAGACGUCAGACAUAUGAUCACAAGACAAGGAGAUGCUUGCAAGAUUUGCUCAAGAGAGCUGAGCUUUGUGUCCGACCAGCGACGUCAUGUAUUGUAUCAUUUGGCUAUCAAACCAUGGAAAUGUCCACUAUGCAAAAAGUGCUACACUCGCAGAAAAACUGUGGCCAGUCAUUUUGUCAAAUCUCAUCUUAAUCAAGAAUUUCAACCGGCUGUUUACAAUUUAUCUGAAAAAGAUAAACAAUUAAUUGACCAAAAAUGGAUGGACUACUUUCCAAGUUACCGAAGGCUUUCAAAAUAUCGAUACCACCCUAAGGAUAUGCAUUUCCGUCGAGUUACGUGUCAUGUGUGCAGCAAAGAAAUUACCAACUCAUCCGGUGAUCGAAGAAGACACAUUUUGUCCCAUUUGAGAAUCAGGCCAUCCGAAGCCGACAAGAAACAAAUCGAGCAAAAAAUGAGUAUUUCCCGGGCAUGA